AUGCAGAGCAACAGCAGCGCCUCCGGACCCCUUGCCGCUCUGAGUGUGUGCGGAGGAGAGGAGGAUGAACGCGAAAUCUUCAAACUUGUCAGCCCCACAGAAGGAGCCUCCAACCUCGCAGCUUUUAACCUUUCACUGAACUGCUGGCUUCACAUCCUCUCCAAGGAGUCCUCCAUGGACCUGCAUGGAGACAGCGCGAACCUGGCAGUGCGAGUUGUCAUUGCACUGGUCUACCUAGUGGUGUGUGUGCUAGGGCUUGUGGGUAACCUCCUGGCGCUUUUCCUGCUCCACUCCCGCCGCCGGGGCCACUACUACUCCUCCAUCGACUGCUUUGUGAUGAGCUUGACGCUGACAGACCUCCAGUUUGUCCUCACAUUGCCAUUCUGGGCUGUGGACACGGUGCUGGACUUCCGUUGGCCCUUUGGACGGGUCAUGUGCAAGAUUGUGAGCUCGGUCACCACCCUGAACAUGUAUGCCAGCGUCUUCUUCCUCACCGCCAUGAGCAUGACCCGCUACCACUCCCUGAUUACCUCUCUAAAGAUGGACAGCCCUAGAAUCGCCACUGCUCGUGCCAAAUGGGCCAGUUUGGCAAUUUGGGUGGUGUCACUGGUGGCUACACUUCCUCAUGCUUUCUACUCCACCACAGUCCAGGUGUCUACUGAUGACGAGCUGUGCUUAGUGCGGUUCUCUGACUCCGAUUCAAGCUACUGGGAUCCUCAAGUCCUGCUUGGACUCUACCAAACACAGAAAGUACUCUUGGGAUUUGUAGCUCCUUUGAUUGUCAUCUCUGUGUGUUACCUCCUCCUCCUGAGGUUCAUCCUGAGCCGGCGCAUUGUAGGCAGCAUGGUCAGCGGAAGCGUGACAGAGAGGUCAGAGUGUGAGAGAGGACGCCACCGUCGCCGCUCCAAAGUCACCCGCUCUGUCACCAUUGUAGUUCUGUCCUUUUUCAUCUGCUGGCUUCCCAACCAGGCUCUCACCAUGUGGGGGGUGCUUAUCAAAUUUGACCUGGUGCCCUUCAGUAAAGCCUUCUACAACGCCCAGGCCUAUGCUUUCCCCCUGACAGUGUGUUUAGCUCAUGCAAACAGCUGUCUGAACCCGGUGCUCUACUGUCUGAUCCGGAAAGAGUACAGAGCUGGACUGAAGGAGCUUCUGCUGAGCGUGUCUCACUCCGUCCGAAAUGUUCUCACUCUGGCACUGAGAGGGAGGAGAGUGGAUGAAGCACCGCCCAGCCUGGUUAUGAUACACAAAGACAUCAAUAUGUGA